AUGAUUGAACGCCAUUCCAACAUCCUAUUCCGUUAUAAUGCAUUUUUUCGAUUUAUUGGAGGUUCUACUACGUUUUCUUUCUUUCUUUAUUUCUUUCUUUCUUUCUUUCUUUCUUUUACAUCACUUACUCAUAUCUCUUACUUUUUCUUUCUUACUGUGACUGAUAUUGUUUAUGUUCUUUCGUCCCUUUUUUCUCAUACCUUUUAUCCUUCUUUCUUUCUUUUUCUUUCUUUCUUUCUUUCUUUCUUUCUUUCUUUCUUUCUUUUCCAGCAGUAUUUAAAAUCCUUCUUUUCUUUGAUGAUCUAUCCUUCAUUGGUUCUUUCUUUCUUGCUUGCUUUCUCAAUAUUUCCACUCCUUUCUUUUUUAUCCUUCAUUUUAUCUGCUUCUUUCUUUCUUUCUUUCUUUCUUUCUUUCUUUCUUUCUUUCCCAGGAUCACCUUUUUUUCUUUGGUUUUUCAUUCGCCGUGUUUCUGUUUUGUUUUUUCAUUCGCCUUUUUCAUGUGUUUUUUUUUCAUUGACUUUUUACUUUGUUUUUUCAUUCACUUUGUUCCUUUUAUUUUCAUUCACCUUUUUUCUUUGUUUUUCAUUCAUUUUGUUCCUUUGGUUUUCAUUCACAUUUCUCCUUUGUUUUUUCAUUCAUUUUGUUUCUUUGGUUUUCAUUGACAUUUUUCUUUGUCUUUUCAUUCACUUUGUUUCUUUUAUUUUCAUUCACCUUUUUUCUUUGUUUUUCAUUCAAUAUGUUCCUUUGGUUUUCAUUCACAUUUUCCCUUUGUUUUUUCAUUCAUUUUUCCUUUGUUUUUUUCCUUUCACUUUUUUUCCUUUUUUAUCAUCCAUCUUUUUCCUUUAUUCUUUUCAACUCUCUUCUUUAUUCCUGCUAAUCUUCGUUGCCUCUUCAUUGUCUUAUUAUAAACGUCUUUCAGCUGUUAAAUUUUCGGUGAUUUCAUUAUUCAAAUUUUUAUUUCUUUUUCAUCAUUCAAUUUCUUUCAUUAUUCAAAUUUUUAUUUGUUUUUCAUCAUUCAAUUUCUUUCAUUAUUCAAAUUUUUAUUUGUUUUUCAUCAUUCAAUUUCUUUCAUUAUUCAAAUUUUUAUUUCUUUUUCAUCAUUCAAUUUCUUUCAUUAUUCAAAUUUUUAUUUGUUUUUCAUCAUUCAAUUUCUUUCAUUAUUCAAAUUUUUAUUUCUUUUUCAUCAUUCAAUUUCUUUCAUUAUUCAAAUUUUUAUUUCUUUUUCAUCAUUCAAUUUCUUUCAUUAUUCAAAUUUUUUAUUUCUUUUUCAUCAUUCAAUUUCUUUCAUGA